CGUCUCUGUGUUUCGCUCCCAUGCGCAUGAAAUAAAAACUUCUUUUAACUUCUGAGACGGACUCCUGAAACGGUAACGGGGAAAAAUACAAGCUUGCGGAUUGCUAAAGCAGGGAAUUCUGAACUUUGGUAACAGUGAAAACAAAUUAUGCUAUGAUAUUCUUGAAGAAAGACCAUGGGCGGUGACUGUCUGUCGUUGCAGAUAAUUUCUUUCUGUCGCACGUCUCGAAGUACUCAGCAGUACAAUAUAUCGCGAUCGAGACGACUCUUUAGCAUUCAGAGGUGUUGUUGCUAGAGGUUCCUCUAGAGGGAGCCCCAGAGAUCACGGCGAAGAAGAGCGAAUGAACAGCACAGGUCCUGCACAAGCUACGUCUAAAGUCGGGACGGCGCUAUAUGCUGUAUAUUGAGCUAACAAUACUUGCAACAGUUGUCAUUGUGAUUCAAAUAAUAAUAAGUGCUCCUAUCAAAGAGCUCCAGUAAACGCACGAAUGACCAAAAGUUUUGCUUUCGACUUUUAGCUGUCUAGGGCUCAAGCGAACUGCCUGACACCAGAAUUGCUGCAGUAUUCUGACCUACAGGGGCUGCGUGGGUAAGAUCACACUGAUUACAUUGCUGUUAUGAUGUAUGGAGAUUUGCUGGCUGGAUCUGUUUCCCUUUGGCGGACGUAUACCUCCUUGGAGGCUGUGUUAUACCAGAUGUGUAACUGCGGAGAAGUCCCGUCCUGUCCGGUAAACGAGACGAGCAGGCUUAUUUUGUUUCUUUUAGUAGUUCGUGUUAUGUGCUAUAACUGUAGCUGUAACACGACAGCUGUAACUGUACUUACUGUAAAAAAAAAAGUCACGGUAAGUAGUGAUUAGACAGAAACACUUCAUUUGGAAAAGAGCAAAUAAAAAACCCUUUUUGACUAUCGUCUGUUUUUUUUUUCUUGCAUGUGGUACAUUUGUCGAUCUAGGUUUUUUUGCAGUAGAUUCUGUAGGACUGCACUUGUACACCACAAUGUCCGACUAGAGCACCAUAAGCAGACCAGAAGAUUAGAUUAGAUGUCCACGAAAUGUGUCACAGAUAGAAGCCAAACGGCAAAAAAUACAAACUCGAAGGCGACGCCAAGUCCGAGGCGUGGUAUUUCAUGUUAACAUCCCCACUUCUUCCAAGUUUGAGCGACAGAAUUCUCUCAAUUUAUUUAUUUUUUAUCAUUUGAAUGGUAUACAUGAAAAAUGCAUCGGCUUCGUUUCCUUCUUUUUCCCAUAAUAUUUACAGUUAAUUUACCAGAAAAGCUGCAACAAACUGCCUAAGAUUUACCCAAAUUGCCAUGAUUUUAAAAUAUUUCUUUUAAAAUAAAAGGUAACUGAACGGUUCCACCCAAACACCAACUCUUAUUUUAUUUACAGAUUUUUUCUGAUGUCGCCUGUUAACGUUUUCUUUUUUUUAGAAGUUGCCCCGCUUAUUCAAAGCAAAGUGACAGCAGUUGUUAGCCCGCAAUCGAGCAGCCCGCCGUAAGACAUUUUAAGAAAAUUAACUUUAUUACCGCAAUGUAUACAAUUCUUUAAAAGAAUGCGGUUCUAAAAUAACGUUUCUUCAAAACAAUUAUAAGCUCAUAAAAAGUGUGAUUGUGCUUAAUCAAUCAUAUUGUUCGGCAAGUGGGCUGGUGUCCCGGGUGUUACCACUUGCUGAAACUCAUUGCCUGCCUCCUAAAUCCUGCAACCCCGAGACAGGGCCGAGGAGGGGUCACCUGGCAAAUCUGUACCGAGACUGGGGGGGUCACCAUCGGAGAGAGUUUUACUUGUGUAUCUACAUAAUACAUUCAAUGUACGUGGUAAAAAAAAACACUUGUGUUUUCUCGAGUUUGUGUUUCCAAGCAUUGAAGAGAAAAGGCCCGAUUAGCAUGUUAUCUGUACAAGUUCCCUUCUUUUUCCCCAGUUUAUGGAUUGGAAUAUAUGGCAAAAUGCAGCUUGUGUCAGAAAGCCGUUUUAAUUAAGGGUUUAUUGAUAACGUAUUGGGUAAUAUUAUUGUAUAUCCAAUUCUUUAAAAGCCUGUUUGAUUAUGUUCGUAUUUGUUGAUGGUGCAGUUGUUUCCAUUUCACUUUAAGAACACUUUCUUCUGUGGGGUACAUGCUGGCCUGCUAUGUACUGUAUGUCUGUUUCAUUUAUUCUCUUUACUGCGUUCCGCUCUUCAGUUUCCGGGAAGAGACGGCAGACUUUCUCACCGAAUAUUGCAGAGCUCCGACUCCACUAAACCCCGAGCAUAUUGUUGUCCUUAAUGGGUGCACCUCUGCUCUUGCUGCCCUGACCACUGUGUUGAUGGAGCCUGGAGAUGGCUACCUGAUUCCCUCACCUUACUAUGGGGGUAUAGCUACAUACACGUGGCUGUAUGGAGAAGUGAACCCAGUUCCUGUUCCACUGGACAGUAAGAUUUCCAGAGGUAAAGGAUAUCCACUCAUGCUGGCAGUCGAUAAGCUAGAAGAUGCCAUGUCUGAGGCCACAAAGAAGGGCAUCAGAGUCAGAGGUUUAAUCCUGACGAACCCUCACAAUCCUUUAGGGGUGGUUUACCCAGCUGAAGUACUGAUGGACUGCCUGGAGUUUGCACACAGGUAUAAGCUACAUGUAAUUGUUGAUGAGAUAUACAUGUUAUCAGUAUAUGAUGGAAAAGCCUUCACAAGCAUUCAUAGCUUCGAAAGCUUACCUGAUCCAGAGCGAACACACGUGCUGUGGGGAUUUAGCAAAGAUUUUGCACUGGCUGGGCUUCGGGUGGGAACUGUCCACACCAGGAACCAGGAGGUGCGCAGGGCUCUGAUCCGGUUGGCUAGUUUUCACAGCUGCGCUGGCCCGACCCAGCAGCUGCUUACCCACCUUCUUCAGGACAGAGACUGGAUAAACACAACAUUUCUGCCCUCCAACAGAAGGCGACUCUUGGAGUCCAGGGCAAUUCUAGUGAAAGGACUGCAAGACAUUGGCGUCUCAGUUCUUAAAAGCUCUGCUGGCUUCUUUGUUUGGGCUGAUCUGAGAUCGUUCUUAAAGGAACAGUCCUUUGAGGCAGAGAUGGACUUGUGGUGGAGGCUGAUUCAUGAGAAAGUGUUCAUUAGCCCUGGACAGGUCUUCAGCUCUUGUGAGCCUGGUUGGUUUAGAGUGGUCUUUUCGGACACAGUUGAAAACAUUAAGAUAGGCGUUGACAGAAUAAAGAAGGCUUUGGGGGCUCCAGCAAUCAUAGCUGAGAAGUAUGUCCACCACCACGCAAGUUAAUUUGAGGAUACAGAAGAAAAGCAGCUCAUAACCCAAACCACAACCCUGGAGCACAGUGCAAGCUGAAGGAGCCAUGGACAUUCAGUUGCACUUGGAGACUUUCUAAUUGGGCAGAUUGGCAAUCUGGCAAACAGUAGAUUUAUAGGACAGCACAAAUGAAUGCAAUAAUAAAUGAAGAAACCAAAAUGGGCUUAUUUAUUCUUCUUUAACAUUUUGGGCAUGGGAAAGAUAGAUUGUCUACAAAGACUUGGCUCUGAGAUCUGUUUGAUAGUCUGCAUGGAAGAGACACGUUGUCGUAUUACAGUUUAGUUUGCAAAAAAAGAGAAAAGUAUGUGUGUUUUCUUCUAUUUGUAUGAGAGAGAGGUUAAAGAGAAAAAAGUUUUGGUUUACAGUGAGGUAAAUGAAAAUAAUGAGUGAAGAAAGAUGAGCAGCCAUUUUACAUCCUUGACAUGCCCAUAUUGGAAACAGCUAAACCGAGUUUAAACAGCAAUCAAAUGUAAUAUGAGGCAGGAUUUGAUAUGAAAUUAAAUGCUCAUGCCAUGCACAAAUUAAUAAGCAUCCAUGCCUGUGAUGACUUUCAACACUUUUUAUUAGUUGCUGUUGUCUACAUGAAGUUCAAUGAUUAAAAAAAUACAUGAAA